GGGGUGGGGGUGGGGGGGUGUGGAACGGCCCCCGGAAACGGAAGUGAGCGGCGGUCCGGCUGACGGUAACCUGCUGGGGAUCUUGUUCCCAGAGCGACGCGAAGAUGAACUCCAGAGGACUUGGAUCUCAGCUAAAGGACAGUAUUCCAGUUACUGAACUUUCAGCAAGUGGGCCUUUUGAAAGUCAUGAUCUUCUUCGGAAAGGUUUUUCUUGUGUGAAAAAUGAACUUUUACCAAGUCAUCCUCUUGAAUUGUCAGAAAAAAAUUUCCAGCUCAACCAAGAUAAAAUGAACUUUGCCACACUGAGGAAUAUCCAGGGUCUAUAUGCUCCACUGAAAUUACAAAUGGAAUUCAAAGCAGUGCAGCAGGUUCAGCGUCUUCCAUUUCUUCAAAGUUCCAACCUUUCACUGGAUAUUUUGAAGGGUAAUGAUGAGACUAUUGGAUUUGAAGAUAUUCUUAAUGAUCCAUCACAAAGUGAGCUAAUGGGUGAGCCCCACUUGAUGGUGGAAUAUAAACUCGGUUUACUGUAAUGCACUGUGCUGUUCACAGCUGAGGGGCUGUUUUGUUAGAGUUGUCUAUUGUAAUUUGAUGUAUACAACAUUAAAAGUACUCAUACAUGA